CGCCCUGGAAACCGAACAACGCGCGCCGGGGAAAAUAACGGCCACCGACCUGCGGAGCGGGACCGACCCGACCACAGCGAUCCGCUCCUGCUCCUCCUCCAGCCGCACUGACUCCCUCACUCCGCACCGCCCAGCGACACCGGCCCGUCCGCCCGCCCGGCCCGGCCCGCACUCAACGGCCGCUGCCCUUCGGAGAUUUAAAACCCCGCCGCCCGGCCCAGCGCUGCCACCGCUCCGAAGCGUCCGGCUGGGCAACCAGAGCCACAACUACAGUUCCGCCCGCUGCAGAUUGCUGGCGCCUGUCUCGCCACUCGCUCGUGUUCAAAGAUCAUAGAGUAUCUUUGGUCGUGUUUACUGUUCCUCUUCUGACAACCUCACGUUUACUGCAAAGUGCCCGGGAAACCACAAGAGAGCUUCGAAACGAUUGAGCAUUUCGGAGCUAUGAGGUUUACAAUUACAAAAACAUGGGAUAGUUCGCCAGUCACUCACCAGGGAAUCACCAUGUCACUCAAACCAGAUGAUGAGGGAAUACUAAUGGAGGUAAAUGCCCCUUUCUUCAAUGAUCCGCCAUCCCCAGCUGGCCCAAGAGGAAAGCCUUACAAUCAGCUGUGGAAUUAUGAAGUUGUGGAAGCAUUUUUCUUGAAUAGCUGCAAAGAACAAUAUCUUGAAGUGGAAUUGUGUCCACAUGGACAGCAUUUAGUACUAUUACUUGCUGGUGAAGGAAAAGCAUGGAAGAAAGAAUUGGAUUUAAAAUAUGACUCAACAAUAGAUGAUCAACAUUGGGAAGGCAAAGCACUUGUUCCUUGGAGAUAUUUCCCUGAUGAUGUUACCAAGUUCAAUGCCUAUGCAAUUCAUGGUUCUGGUGAUAAAAGAGUUUACGAGGCUCUGUAUCCCAUACCUAAAGAACAGUUAAAGAAGGGACAGCUGCCUAACUUUCAUCGCUUGGAAUAUUUUGAGGAUUUCAGCUUGAACUUGAUUAUGGGAAACAAAUGGAAACAGCCCAGAUCUGAUCUGUGGAUGCCUGUCGAUGGGACUAAGAAGUGAUGCUGCCUAACCUGGUGGGUGUUUCCAGAACAUUCUUGCUUUGUUCCUGAUCUCAGAAAAUAUAUUAUUUUGAUUUUACUAUAUAUCUGUUUUCACUUACAUUUGUAAAUGUACUGUUCUGAAUAUAAAUUAAGGAACAUUGACACAGAAAGUAUUGUACAGAAAUUAUUUGUUUCAGUUGCUAAAAUUUAACAGCUUUUCAUUGAAAAAUAUCAACAAUAUAAGAGCUAAAGAAUACAGAGAAACAUUCCAAUGAUAGCUUGUGUUAUAAGAAGGAUGACCAGCUAACAUGUCUACUGCAAAUUGGACUGAACAAGAAAGUAAAGAUAUGAUGAAAAAAUCAAUUCCUAAAAUCACAGAGGUUUAAAAAUACUUAACAGACUAUUAUGCAAAAAAUAUACACAUUACUGUAAUAAUUUCUUAAUACCACAUAAUUAAACAAAACUAAAUGUAUCACAUGAAACCAAUAAAUGGUGUGCCAUCAAA